AUGUGGAGGAGACUCCAUGAAGGAUGGAAUGAAAUUCUGAAAAUCCAGAAGUUCAGAAGAAUGGUAUCAUAUGCUGGGUUUUACUGUUUUGUCACACUUGUCAGCUACGCCUACACCAACAACACAACCAGAGCUGGAUACUCGAGGGCUGACCAAUUCUAUGCAUCUUAUCCAGCUGGGACAGAGCUUCUCACCGACACUGAAGCGUUGUAUAAAGCUGCUCUUGGCAAUUGUUUCGAACAAGAGGAAUGGGGACCGAUUGAAUGGUGCAUUAUGGCAAAGCAUUUUGAACGCCAAGGGAAGUCACCAUAUGCAUAUCAUGCACAAUACAUGGCACACCUUGCUUCCCAUGGACAACUUGAUGGAAGUGGCUAG